AUGUUUCAAAACAUCUUGUACUCCUUAAAUUUCACACAACAUAUUAGAGACAUAAAAGAUCCAGAACACCCUUACUCAUUAGAGGAGCUCAAGGUCGUAUCAGAAGAUUCCAUCGAAGUUGAUGAUGAGAAGAGUCACGUAAGGGUCACAUUCACUCCAACUGUAGAGCACUGUAGCAUGGCAACUGUAAUUGGCUUGUGCUUACAGGUUAAGCUCAUGCGCUCUUUGCCUCCUCGGUACAAGGUGGAUAUUAGAGUUGCACCAGGUACUCAUGCCACCGAAGCUGCAGUAAAUAAACAGCUGAAUGAUAAGGAACGGGUGGCUGCAGCUUUAGAAAAUCCGAACCUGCUCAAUAUGGUUGAUGAGUGUCUUGCCCCAUCUUACGAAUGA